UUAUUACUUGUCAACAAACCGAGCAUGUUUAUCUGUCAAAUUUGACAACAAUUUUUUUCUCUUUGAAUCAAAAAAUCAUUAGAUUUCAGUUUUAGCGAUUAUUAAUUAACAACUCGAACAAAAACUUAAGAUGACCCAUAAUAGGAAGCGAACACGAAGUUUUCAAGAUGAGACAGAGUUUAUGCCUCUUUCAAAGAGAAUUAAUAAUUUACAUAUUCACAAUAUGUUAAGUGAACAAGGACCUUUAAUAAGCGCAGAAUGGAAUUUACAAGGACCAUCAAAUACACAAAAUGUCAGGCUACCAGAUUCUCCUAGUGAAUCUGAAAGGAGUAUAGAAUCAAAUUUUAGUCCUCCAUAUUCACCAGCAUUAAAUGAAUCUCAAAAUCCUCACUAUUUCAAUAUUAAUAAAGUGUUAUAUGAGAUGUAUCUUGAACGAUUAAAUAGAGGAUGCCAUCAAAUUUAGAUACAUACAUUAUCAAAAUGUGACUUUAUACAGCAUAGCCAUUUAUUGACUAGUGUUAGAUGUAUUUUUAUGCUGUAAAAAGUGAUCGAUACAUUCUUUUUGUACUGCCAAUAAAUAAGUUUGUUUUAAUUGUAAUAUUGAGGUUUAGUUAUAAAUGACAUUUUGUACAAAAUAUAAUUUAUUGUAAUGAUUA